AUGUGCCGCCUGGAAUGUUUUGUCUUAUUGUCGAUCCCCGCUGCGCCAUUACCCGGGGCCAUUCCUAGCCAGUGCGUUUGGAUCCCUUUCAUCACGUUGCGCCGCGUUACGUCGUGUUACGUAUCAGGCCAGGCUGAUAAAUCUCCGCGCGCAGAAUGGACCAACCUAUGGCGCUUCUACCACACCCUGCGGGGUGACAUUCAUCUCGUCAACCUGCGCGCCCAUCAAAAGUACGGCCCAGUGGUCAGGACAGGUCCCAAUAAUCUGGACCUUGAUCUGCCUGCCCUCGUCAAAACCGUCUAUUCGGCCGACGGCCGCUUUCGCAAGACGGAAUUCUACCCGCCAGCAUCCACGGUGGUCAAUGGCCGCGUCGCCUACAACCUCUUUAGCCUGCGGGACCCGAUCGAGCAUGCGCGCCAGAAGCGGCCCGUUGCGAAACACUACUCCCUGGCCGGCACGCUUUCGCUGCAACCCCAUGUCGACGACACCAUUCGUCUGCUGUGCCGCAGCCUUGAGGAGCGGUACGUUGGGGCUGAUGAGUUUGGUGAGGGGUUUGACCUUGGCGAGUGGGUGAAAAUGUACGCCUGGGACGUCAUUGGUCAGAUCACCUUCAGCAAGCACUUUGGCUAUCUCUCGACGGGGAAAGAUUUUGAUGGCCACCUUUGCAUGUCGGACAUGGGUGCCGACUACCUUUCCAGCGUUAGUCAGAUCCCCUGGCUCGACCGCAUCCUCGACAAGAACCCAAUUUUCCCCAUCGGCGGGGCAACGGCACUGCUCGGCCCAACCAUGAGGCGCCUCGAAGACAGAUACGCUGGCCGCGACGACCGCGAUCCGGAUCAGGCGGCCGCCCAGCCGGACUUUUUGGACAGGUUCCUAGAGGUGCAGCGCGCGCAGCCAGACGUCGUCGAUCGACAGCGCGUUCUCAGCUACCUGUCCAUCAACAUGCUCGCCGGCGCAGACACCACCGCCAUCACCAUCAAGGCGGUCUUGUACUAUGCCCUCCGGACCGAUGGGGUUUGGGGCAAGUUGGUGGCUGCGUGUGGGGACGCCGGGCUGGAACCAGGUGAGAUACCUUCUUUUGCUCAGUCUCGUGCUGUUCCCUACCUAGAGGCUGUGGUGCGCGAGGCGAUGCGAGUGCAUCCUGGUGUCGCUAUGGUGCUGCCGCGGUGUGUCCCGGAUGGUGGGUUGGAGUUGCCGGAUGGAAAGGUCGUGCCGCCGGGGACGAGCGUGGGUAUGAAUCCCUUUGUGUUGGGACGGAACAGGACGGUCUGGGGACCAGAUGCGGAUGAUUAUAAACCCGAGAGGUGGUUGAGGGCGGACGGUGAAACGGAGGAGGCGUUUACGGCAAGGUUGGCCGUCAUGAACGCUGCCGAUCUUACCUUUGGCGCGGGGUCCAGAGUGUGUCUGGGCAAGCACCUUGGGCUGCUGCAGGCGUACAAGGUUGUAGCCACUCUGGCCAUCUUCUAUGACCUAGAGCUGGUCGAGCCGGAGAAGGAGUGCAUCGCCAAAAUGCAGAUCAAAAGCACUAGGACAAAUCUCACAGACCAGCAGUGGCAGUACGAGACCAAGGUCGUACACGCUGGUCUCGACAAUUCACGUCAUGGCGAAUGCACAGUCCCUAUCUACAACUCGGCUUCUUUCAAGUUUCCAACCUCUGCCUCGGCCGAGGAUGCAUUCAGGGCAGUUCCAGAUGAACAGCGGUGGGUAUACAGCCGCUUUGGUAACCCAACCAAUGACGCUUUUGAAAAACGCAUGGCUGCCCUAGAGGAUGGAAACGAUGCAGUGUCUCUAGCUUCCGGCGCCGCAACCACACUCACAGUAGCCAUGUCACUGGCAGGGGCUGGCGACAACGUCAUCGUGUCCAAUUUCACCCACGGCGGUACAUUUCAUCAGUUCAAAAUCAUCACACAACGCAUGGGCAUCGAGACUAGGUUCUGCGACACCAACGAUCUACCUCAAGUCCGCAGCCUUGUCGACAACCGCACAAAGUUCAUCUUCACCGAGACCAUCGGAAACCCAAAGUUCUCCAUCGCAGACCUCGAACCCCUAGCCGCCAUCGCCCACGACAACCACAUCCCACUGGUCGUCGACGCCACCUUUACCGCGGCGGGCUACUUUUGCCAACCGGCCCGCUGGGGUGCCGACAUCAUCCUGCACUCGGCCACAAAAUGGAUAGGUGGCCACGGCACCACGCUCGGCGGCGUCGCCAUCGAGACGGGCAGGUCCGACUGGCAAGCAAACGGGGAUCGCUUCCCACAGCUGCAAGACCUCUACAAAAUCCUGGGGAAUCGCGCCUACAUGCAGAUGCUCAAGUGGGAUUUCAUGCGCGACACGGGAGCAUGCCUGGCCCCGGCUUCGGCACAGCAGCUCUGCGUCGGGCUGGAGACGCUCCCGCUGCGGUGCGAGCGACAGGCCGGCAACGCGGCGGCGCUGGCCCGGUGGCUGUCCACCCACCCCCGCGUCGCCUGGGUGCGCUACCUGGGCCUACCUGACCAUCCGUACCACGACCUGGCGAGAAAGUACCUCACCCGCGGGUUCGGGACGGUUCUGACGUUUGGGCUGCGCGGGGGUGAGGCAGAGGCCCUGGCGCUGAUCGAUGCCCUCGACCUGGUCACCAACACGCCCAACGUAGGCGACCGCAAGACGAUUGUGGGGCAUCACUGGUCGACGACCCAUGCGCAGUGCAGCGAGGCCGAGAUGGAGAACAUGGGUGUUUAUGCGGAUCUGCUCAGGUUGUCGGUGGGGAUUGAACAUAUCGACGACAUCAAGAGGGAUUUUGAGCGGGCUUUUGAGCGGACUGCACCUGCACCUGCACCUGCACCUGUGAAUGGGAAGGGGGAUCGCUGUGUUGGGAAGGUGGAUGGUAACUGAACUAGCCUACUGUAAUUGGAUAUGAUAUGGUGGGGCCAAUAGGCGAGUGGGUGGAACGGCUCUAGUGCACGUGUAGACCCACCAACCCUAACAAGGUGAACUUUCCGCCCCACGCUUUGUGCUGGUUCUCAAUCCAUCAUGAUCUCUUUGACCUUUCAAUUUGUUUGAAGCAUUCACGGUGCAAUCAGCACAAGCACAAAAGACAGAC